AUGAUCUGGCAAGGCCCGGUGUUUGCAAUUUUCAUGCAUGUCUUUGCUUACAUUUACAACGCAAUUCUAUUCUAUAUGCUUGAACUUGUCCAUUCAAGAAUAUACAUGUACAAUAUGAUUAUCUCCGAAUUGUUUAUGAAUAUCUCCCAAAAUAUUCUCGUUGAAUACCCCUAUUUUGUUACUCAAGACCCGAAAUUCUAUUCUUUUCCACUUGUAAAAUGUGUGGAAAUGUUCAGCCAACUCGGGUAUCAGAGCAAGUUUUUUCUUGCUAUUUUGAUGGCAGUGAAUCGUCUCUGGGUAGUCUUGAUACCAAUUGGAAGUGACGUGUUCAGUUCGUAUCGACUGAAAAUCUAUAUGAUGAUUGGAUGGAUUGCUCUUUUUUGUCGGCAGCUCAUCAUCCUUAUCCCUGAUGACUGUUAUUUCAAAAUGGAUUUAGUUCAGUUCCAAGUCAUGUCUGUCUGCGAAGAUGUGGAGAAGCAUAAACUUCGAAUGCGGAUUAAUUCCUAUAUCAGCUACUUCAUCCACAUAAUCAUCCCGUGGGCGGCAGUUAUAAUAAACGGAAUAGUUUUCGUUUGUAUAAAACUAAGAAAAAAGAAGAACCAAGUAAAUCGAAGCAGUGGAGAACGAGCACUUAUCAUCAACUCUCUUGUGGUUUCACUUCUUCUAACAAUCAAUUAUUUAUAUAAUUAUUUUUAUUCAAUGCUCAAGCCAAUAAUAUCCCAAAAAUCGCACGAGUUCCAGUCCGCCUUCAGUUUCUUCAAUUUAUACGGAUGCUCAUGUUUCAAUUUCCUUGUAUAUUUUGUUCUGGAUCCCUCGAAUCGAAAGAAUUUUAUUAUGACUAUAACGAAUAAGAAGCCAGAAGUUUUGACAGCAACAAAGACAGUCACAACUGUAUUUUAA